AUGCACUCGAAGAGGCUGAGGAGUUGCGGAAAAGUCAAGUUGAGUCCUCAGGUUUCGCCAGUUUAUCUGCUCUCUCAUUCAAUCCAAACACAGCUUCCGAGAUCUCUCGUUGGUUGCUUGAGAUUUGAUCGUACCAUGGCUGUUCAAUCCUCCAAGGGGUCAAUUCAUGGCUUCACUAUUAAGGAUGCAAAAGGAAAUGAUGUUGAUUUAAGCAUUUACAAGGGCAAGGUCCUCUUGAUUGUCAAUGUUGCAUCACAAUGUGGCUUGACCAACUCCAACUACACUAAGCUCAGUCAAUUGUAUAAGAAAUACAAAGACCAAGAUUCUGGCAUUUUCGUGUAA